GACAGUCAUUUUAAUUAAUUAUUUUCAUUGUCUUCCCUCUUACUCUGUUUCUGUUUCUAGGACCUUGACGAUGCUAUAAAAGAAAUGAAUGGAAAAGAAGUGCAGUGUCCAAAUGGAGGUCCUUUAUUUAAGCUUCAGGUGGAAUUAGCAAGGCCGCCACCUAUGGAGAAAAAAGGGAAACGGUCUCGUGACGACUCUGAAAGAAAACCAGCUAAAAAGAUUCCAAGUCAUUUGAAAUCUUCAACAUAUAAUCAAAUCCUUGGCAGCUCACAUAGCAACAUAUCCAGAGCUCAUGAAUUACAUUAUCUGCGAAAUGAAGCGGCAGCCACUGAUACAUAUGAAGCUGCUCUAGCAUCACUUCCCUUUUCUGUUAAGGAGCGCUUUCUUAGGAUCCUACGGCUUGGUAUUGCAACACAUUACGAUUUAGAUAUCCAUUCUCUUACUAGCCUCAUUCAACUUCCUCAGCAAAUUGCGAUAACGGUUCUUGAUCAGUUCAUGCUUUCAGGGGCUGACAAGUCUAAUAAAGGAGAGUAUCUUGCGAGGUUAAUAGCAAAGCACCCUAGGGCAGGGGAUAUGCUUAUAAACGAAGUACAAGUGCCUAGCUAUUCAGCCAGAUAUCAUUUACCAGUAGCUGAUCCAAAUUUCUCUAGGUAUGAAAGUAGUUUAACAGGGGGUCGAUAUUCUUCAUCGGUUUAUUCUCAACCUCAAUCAAGUGGUUAUAGCAGCAGAAUAGAGGAAGAUGGCUCAUUGAUGUACCAAUCGGCCAGGUCUUCAUCUGUAUCUUAUAACACGCUAAAUAUGGAUCCUUCCCUCCAAGCAACAGCUGUUAACGGAGGAGGACAUCCCUCUCAACCACCACCAUCCCGUGUCAGGUUUGACCCCUUCACUGGCAUACCCUACAAAUUUGACCCUUUCACCGGCGAGCCACUCCCCCAGAAUUCACCACCCCUAGGAUUCAGAAGCCCGUAUUGACACUACUAUAUUAGCGAGUUUAACAGUUUUUCUUUCUUUUUUUUCUGCCGCAUUUGGGUGUUUUAACUAAUUAAAUCUUAUUUAACGUUUUCUUGAGUAUCAAUAUUCAAUUAUAUUAUAUA